CAGGCGAUAUUGACAUUGACAAUAAUUCUGAUGCGAUGUAUUUAUUUUGUUUUGAAACUUUUGAAUGUAUCUAAACAGAUACAUUGUCAUGUUGCACCAUCAUAAUAUCGGUUUGCAUGCAGUACCUACGGGCGUAUCAAGCGGCAGUAAAUUAUCAAUAAUUGAUGUGUGAAUUCUAUUAAAAAUAAACAUGGGUGUGUCAUGUCGGAUAUAUAUACAGAAACCUCGCGAAGGUAUCCACCGGGCCGGUCAGCCUAUAAACGGGAUACUUAGCUACGCAAUCGACGAGCCAACUGAGUAUCAGACAGCAAUUCUAUCGCUUAUCGGCACAGCGAAAUGCCAAUGGACAGAACACAAAGGUAAACAUUCACACGUCUACACCGGUAAAGAAGCAUUUUUGACGAUGCAUUUGAAUAUACUCAACAAACCAUCGGAUGAAACGAUCACAUUGCCAGUUGGGGCGUAUGAAUUUCGAUUCGAGUUUAUUUUGCCUUAUGAUAUACCAUCCAGCUUUGAAGAUAAACACGGCAAUAUCACAUACCAGGUAAAGGCUAAAUUUGAGAAGCCUAGUUUUUUCAGUCUUACAAGGAGAUUUGAAAAACAAAUUAUUGUAUAUGGAAAUGUUAACCCCACAACACCAGUAGAAUCACUCACUUAUGGGCUCCAAAAGAAACUGUUUAAAUUAUUUUCGUCUACUGAUCAUAUUGUGGAUUUGAAAGUUCGGAUUUCAAAGAGUUUUUUAACACCGGGUGAGAAUACUACUUUGGACUUGUCUCUGACUAAUGACAGCGACACAGACAUACCUUACCUGACAACAGAACUUUGUAGCAAGACUACUUACAUAGCAGAAGGGCUGUUCAGUACUGAUAAUACAAAAAUUGUUGAUAAAACACUAGAAGAGUGUACCACUACCACCCCACUGGUUUUAGCAUACAAAACUGCAAACUUUGCAUGUGUUGUUCCAACACCACCACACAUAUAUUCAAUACAGAAUUGUAACAUAAUAAGCAAGGAGUUCUAUAUCCGAGUGACUAUCAAUUUGCCAUUUCCACAUAGAAAUGCAACAUCUGUUAUACCAGUGGUUAUUGGUGAGGGUCGUUAUGGAGAUUGUUCUGGGAUUGUAGAACUAGAAGACAAUUUUGUAACUGGCCUAGAACCUAGCAUAAGUGGGCCUCCACCAUCAUAUUGGGAAGUGAUGAAUGAAGACAAGGCUCAAGAUGAAAGUGGACAGUCAAGUAAGGAAUAACAAACCAUUAAUAACUUGGACAUAAGGAGAAAUAACAUAUGUCAUAAUUAAUCAGUUUAAUAUAAGGUAUGGUGCCAGAAAUCCAUUCUGUGUCACUACAUUAAGUACCGUCUCAAAUAUUGAAGAUAAAAGAAGGUUUUUCCAACUACAAUGUCAAAUAGUCAAUAUGGCAGGGACUUACCACAUAAUUAUAAUGAGUUACAGGGGGCCUACUGCGAACACUGAAGUUUGCAAAAUGCGGGCAUCUCUCUCUAUCUCUAUCAGUCUAAUUACAGGGAAACAAUCGGGAAAUAAGAGUGUGUUUAGUGUUUGUGGUAGGCUCAUAUAGCAAUUAAGCCAAAUUUAAAGCCCAAUCAGAAAUAUAAUAUGACUAUGCCCCAUUUCAUUAAAACCAUUUUCUUCAUACUAUACUGAACUGAGACCAAACCAUACAAUAGUCAUAAUUAUAUUUCUGGUCAGGGUUUACAUUUUACGUUAUUAUUUUAAGAUUUAUAUUUUUAGCAUGUAUAUUUUAUAAAUUAUAAGAACCUAUAUUUUUCAAUUUAAUUAGAUAAUAAGAUUGAUACAUAUUAACUGAUACACAUGAGUGUUUUCAUGAAAUAUGUAAUAUUUUUGAUAUACAUUUUUUUUACUUAAAAAUGAUCCAGUAUUCAUUAAGCUACCUCUAUUGUCUAGUCUCCCAUGUAUCAAAACUUGCCAAAACAGACAGACAGACAGACAGACGGACAGACAGACAGACAGACACGUCAAACUUAUAACACCCCGUUUUGCGUCGGGGGUUAAAUAUACGACGACGUAAGAUAGUCAAAUCUUCGAUAAAUGGAUUAAUUUCGUUGAAAAUGUCACAGCUAACGGGCUUAUGUUAUGGGUAUGAAUGGAAUUUUUUAACGACCGACUGCGAAAAGUAUAUUUAACAUGGGUGCUUAGGUAAAAAGAUUAUCAGACCUCCCGCGAAUGACUGGAGGGAACAGCGUACAUAAUUUAUGAGGCGUUAUCUGACGGCUCUCGAACGAGUUCUAUUUAAUUCGCAUUUUUAGCCCGGCUAAAAUAUGCUGUACCUAACAUAAAGCCGGCUUAAGGCGGGAAAUGUCACUGCGGCCCACGCUAACCACGAAAAUACAUCCAAGCCUAAUGCGAACGAAUAUCUACUGCCAUAAACUCGAAACUUUAACAAUUGUUAAGAAAUUCAGAUUUUAAUUUUCACGAUUUUUACUAAUUAAUAGGUAGGUAAGGUACAGCGGGGCAAAUUUCGACUGGGGGGCAAA